AUGGAUUAUAAGGACCUCGGACAUAAUUUCGAGGAGAAGCUGACACUAACAGACAAGAACUCAGUGAGCUCGGAGCAAAGACAGAAGCUUGCGAAGGAGCGGAGGGAGGAAAGAGCCAGAUACAUCGAACAGCAAACUCAGCUGCAAGCUGCAAAGAAGGCUCAGUGGCUGCAGAAGGAGGAGAAGGCCCGGCGUCUGAGGGAGAAUCAGCUGGAGGAGCGCAGGAGGAAGCUGGAAGAGCAGCGGCUGAAGGCGGAGAAACGUCGAACGCUGCUGGAGGAGAAACAGAGACAGAAGCUAGAAAAGAACAAGGAGAGAUAUGAGGCAGCUAUCAAGAGAUCGACCAAGAAGACUUGGGCCGAGAUCCGCCAGCAGAGGUGGUCCUGGGCAGGAGGACUAAACCAGACUUCCCGCAGAGAGAGCAGAUGCUCGGCCUCCACGGUCAACUUGCCAAGACAGGUGGACCCUGUCAUUAACAACAGGCUGUCCAAGUCCUCUGCCACGCUCUGGAACUCCCCCAACAGAAGUAAGGACGACCCGACGUCAGUGUCCACCAGGCUUCCUCUUCCCUCUCCCUUUCCCUUCCAGUUCAUCCCCUUCCUUUUCCACCUUCCCCUUCUCAAACUGGCUAUUUGUCUCAUCUCUUCCUUCAAGGUGGAUAAAAAGAAGAAAGAGAAGAAGGACAAAGAGCGAGAGAACGAAAAAGAGAAGAGCGCUCUCACAAAAGAGAAAGUGCAGAAGAAAAGACAGACGGCAUCGCCUACGACCACGAUCCAGAGAUCCAGGCCAGAGACCAGCACCCCGAGGCCCAAAAACAGACCUCCGUCACCUGCCGCCCCCAAAAGUCGCCCACUGUCCCCGCUGGUGCCAGCAACAGGUGCCACGAAGACCCCCUCGGGCAAGAAAACGCCUCCUCCUCCCGGCAUCAAGACCCGACCGAAACGGGCCCAGACGCCUGCCAGAGUGCAGCCCCAGGCGGUUUCUGCUGUCACCGUGGAAACGGGCCACGAACCCCAGCAGCCCGACACUUCAGAGGNAUCAGCCCCGGGUAACGUUCCUGCCAUCGUGGUGUCCUCCGCACCGGCCACUCCUCUUUCUCCCGGCCCGCCGGUCGUAUCAGCAGCGUCUCCAACUGUACCGAGCGUAGAACCUGCGGCGACCACCGUCAGCAAUCCCGCUCCUUCUCCUGCACCUGCUGCCGCCUCCACCCCGGCCGCACCGGCCAGCAGCAGGCCGUCGGCAGGCACUAACGACCCAGAGGAGGCCGCUCGCGUCCUCGCAGAGAAACGCAGACAAGCCCGAGAGCAACGGGAGAGAGAGGAGCAGGAGCGUCUGGAGCAGGAGCAAAAGAAGAAGAUCCUGCAGGAGGAGGCAAGGGCCCGGGAGGCAGAGGAGAGGAAGCGCAGGGAGGAGGAGGCUCGCUUCAUGGCCGAGCAGCAGCGCCUGAGAGACGAAGCCAGGAGAGCUCAGGAGGAGAAGGAGGCGCAGGAGAGAGCGAAGGUCGAGCAGGAGGAGAACGAGAGGCUGCAGAGACAGAGGGAGGAAGCUGAAGCAAAAGCCCGCGAGGAGGCCGAGCGUCAGCGCAUAGAGAGGGAGAAGCACUUCCAGAAAGAAGAGCAGGAGCGCCUGGAGAGGAAGAAGCGCCUCGAGGAGAUCAUGAAGAGGACUCGGAAGAGCGAUGCGGGAGAUAAGAAGGAUGUCAAAGCGUCUCCUCAGGUCAACGGAAAGGACGCAGAGCCGAGUAAAGCUCCUGGAAACCUGCAGGCCCCCAGUGCAUCAGUGCUCAACCCAGCACAAAACGUUUCCAGCCCUGUUGUUGUAAACGGCGUCCAGCCCUCCGUGCACCAAAACGGCGUCUCAGCCAACGGCACUGACUUCGAGGAGCUCAUUCAACUGAACAACAGUGGCGGCAGCGGUAACCCCAGCCAGCAGCAGAGCGGGCUGGUGAGUGAGCCGAUCAUGGCGUUCGAGGGAGGAGAGCCCUUCUUGAUGAAAACAGGCCCCAUGAAGCCUCAGCAUGUCGCAGAGGUCCUGUGAGUCGCCACACAUCCACAAAGACGCGCCUUUCGUCUCUGCUUGAGCUAUGAGAUUCAUGCCACACCACAGCGGCUUAUAAAACAGCGUGCCAAACAAAACAACCAGCGUUCACCUGCGCUGAAUCCACAUCCACGGUAUCCACAGCGGAGGGACAGCAAGGAGGAGCAGAACUGGCUGGGAAAAAACAAACAAAACAAACUCAUCUGAAACAUUUAAAAAAACAUAAAAAGCUUAAGUAUUCUCUGUCUUCACCGCGUGUUAUGGUGCAGCAUUUUUGUCAAGUUUUACUGAAACGUCACAUGCAGAUUUUAUGGUGCACCUUAAAGAUGACUGACUGUGUAACAAAUUUUAGAAAAUACAGUAUAAAAUCCUGGAAAUACAUAAUAUUUGACAAUGGUUGUUAUUAUUACCGUCGCUAUGAUAUUGUUAUUGUUACCUUAAGUUGAGCAUUGUGUGUGUGCGUGUGUGUUUUGCUGUUUUUUGUCUUGAAUUAUUGAGUUAUUUAACACGGGGAGCAUCGGUAAGGACUGGCCACAGUGUAUGUAAAUGAAUAAUGAGCCCGGCUGCCUCGGCCUCCUGUUACGGGGGAUCUGUGAAAUAAAGCUUUAUGAAAGGGA